AAUAUUUUUCACAUCGAUGUGAGAAAAUCCAGAGCUUUUUCUAUAUCGUGACAAAUGGCUCACAAGUGUUCAGUGUACAAAAAUUCCUGUAUUCGUCCACCAGUUAAUCCGACCAAUCGAAGACCUACGCCACACUAUGAGAGAUCCUCAAGUGCCGAAAUGGCCAGGGAAGGUCACAAAGAUGAGAUUUCUGGUAGGGGAGGAAGUGAAAAAAUUGCUCUAUGCGAGGAGAUUAUCAAGGAAAACAGUGCCUUUCAGUCCCUCAUGGAUUUCUACUCAAACAUUCCAGACUACCGGGAUAUGAAUCACCUGUCCGAGGAGGAAUUCUAUCGUCAACUCGAACGGCUAAAGAUUCGUCAGGACGAACUUAGGAAAACCUGCGGUGUAGAUGUGAGAUGCUCAGCAAGAGAUUCUCCAGCACAAGGAACAUGUCUUCCGGAUAAAACUCCCAAAACCAACGAUCAUCCAGAUGAAAAUUUCGAACCCAAUCCCAGGGACUGCGACAAUGACUCCCUCUACUCAUCCACACAACGCCUCUCCAGUCACAAUCCCAGCAAAAAAUCAGGGAAAUCCGUGAGGAUCAACAGUGGCCUGAGUACCCUCAGAUCCGACACCACUCACCUGUCUGAGGAAGAAAAAAGUGGCCGAAGAUCGAAGAUGAGAAGCAAAUCUGCCAGUCCCUUCCGCAGCCAAGUCACAGUACCCCGACCCUUUCGAAUGACCCAACGGGAGGAAGAAGAGAGAAUGCUGGAGGAUCUCAUGAUGUCCACCAAAUGCUUCACUCCCAAUGAAGAGCGAAAACCCAAUCCUACACCUACAUUCAAAGCUAAUCCUGUUCCCCUUACAUCCAGAAUUCCCCUCUAUAACUCCAUCCGGGCUGACCAGGAACACAAGAGUCAGCUGGCCAAGCUCAAUUCUUCCAUCGAGCUGCAGUCUCAGAUGAAACCCUUUCACUUCAGCGAAAAAGAAGAUCGACCACGGAGUCGAUGCUUGAGCCGAAGUGUCUCCUCCACAAAUCUCACAACUCCUGACACAUCAAAGUCCUCAUCGAAGCACUUUCGCGCCAAACCCUGUCCCAAGAAUCUCUUCAGUAACUACUUCUACAACAAAAUGUGGGAGGAUGAGUACUUCAGGAAUCUCAACAAGAAGAUCAGAGCUGAAGAGCUACUGAAGAUGGCUUCACUGCCACCUUCAAUGGCACGGAGGGAAUCAAAGACAAGGGGCGAUACCCAGAGAAAUGGACACACAAGAAGAAGUCGAAGGCGAACUAAGAAAAAAGGCGCCAAGAGAGAAAUGCACCAACCAAUCUGUGAUGAUCGGAAAGAUUCCAAAGGAAAUCCAGGAAAAUGCACAUCUCAUUCUGGGAAUAGUUCAAAUAGCUCCUCAUCGUUCAGCUCCCCAAUGCCAAUUUACCCCAUAAAUCGUCCUAAUUUGGCAGCUACGCUGCGAUUCCAGCAUUCUCAGAAGAAGCUACGAGAACUCGCCAAACCCUCCAGUCCACCUGAACACCUAUCCCGGCAGCGUCACGUGGACUGGGGCAUUCGGAAAAAUCCUGCCUGGAAAGCCAUCUACUACGAUGGAACAAAUCUCGAGGACAUUGCUGUACGAGUGGCCACGAGAAGAGCUGAGCAGAAACUUUUGGUGGAAGAUCACAAGAUCAGCAUGGAACUGAUGAAGCAGCGAGUUCGUGCUGCUCCGCUCUUGCUCGAAGGUGCUACCUAUUGGGGCCCUAAAGUCGGACAACUCUCCCAUACGUGUGCUAGCAAAGUAGACCCUGGAAUGCGAAGGAGUCGCCGGCCACACUCCACAGGACCUCAAUCGCGCAAUCCCAGCAAAAUGAGCUACUACUCCGACACGAGGAAACCAUCCAGAAAGUGUCCUCAUGAGGACUUGCUGUAGUAUAAAUUCAAGGGGGGCUUUCUUAGGCAAUAAAAGACUUUUUUUUUGGUCAA